AUGUCUACAAUUCUAAUACCGCACCAGCGUUCAACAGCAGAUCAAAUCACUUUAGCGUUGGAGGCUAUGAAAAUAUCUUACCUCGAGGGGUCAAUACAACCAAAGCCCAAGCCCACUCACCCUCAAAUACGAUUAACUCUACCGCAAGAAUUAGCUGCUAUCACUGGGUUUCUAACCGGCCAACCUGCAAACACCAUACCUUUCUGGGUCAAUCCCACACUACCUAUCGACCCUCAAUUCGUUCUUGAUUUUGAUAUACAGAACUCCCAUGCGGCACAAGAUGUAGAAGAGAUGGUUCGCGAAGUUUGGAGUAACAACCCUGUCAUGCUUUGGUCGAAUUCUUACUCCUCUUCUUCACGGGAAAUCAAGCAAUCUCUUGCCCAUCUAUACCCCCCGCCAACUAUUAUUGACGUGGACCUCCGUGACGACUGUGACGUUUUGUCGUCUCUACUACAGCGUGUGACAGGCUCGGAACAACUUCCUGUUCUUCUUGUCGGUGGCGACUCCAUGGGAACACUGAAUGAAAUACGGGAAAAAAUCAAGAACGGAGAGUUGCAGAAUAGAAUGCAGGCUGUGGGCGUUGUCGUCGGCGGAAGGAAGCAGAGAAAUGGGAAUUGA